AGCGGGGUGGGGGGUGUAAGGGUGGGGUAGGGUGGCUGUUUUAUUGUAGUGCCUGAGGGCGACGCUCCUAGUCAAUAUAAAUGUGCACGCUCGCUCCUGCUGUGCUCCCAUUUGAGUACAGGGACGGACGAGAGGCAGGCAGACAGCACCGGGAUAACAACCGCACACUCCUCGACUCCGAAAGACAGACACUUGGAUUGCAGCAGGACUUGUGUGUUGUUGGAGGGAAGACAAUUCACGAUCCCGGAAAUCAUUAAAAAAGGUACCAAGAAAAUCCACCCGAAGGUCGGCAACUGCGCUGAAAUCUGAUGGACAUAAUCCAAACGGGCAGCAAAAUCGCAAAGCGGCUUAACGGGUCUCGCGAAUGAGUCGAACCUGAACAGGAACGGGCAGAAAUAUCAGGACCAAUCAUGUCCAAGGACGACGCUUGCAAAGUGACGUCCGCCGGCAAACACAAGGAGCGCAAGCCCAAGAAGCCUCACUACAUCCCUCGUCCGUGGGGAAAACCCUACAACUACAAAUGCUUCCAGUGUCCCUUCACCUGCAUGGAGAAGUCCCACCUGUACAACCACAUGAAGUACAGCCUGUGCAAGAACUCCCUGUCCCUGCUCAUCGAGUCCGACUGGCCCUACAAAAAGGGCAACAACGUCCCGCACCCGGACCAGCUGCGACCGUCACAGCAGGACCUGCGUGGGGCCGGCAAAGAGGCCCCGGACCAGCGGGCAAUGCGGACCGAGGAGGUGCAGCAGAGAGGUGUGGAGGAGGAAGCGGAAGAUCGGGAAAACCGGGGACAGGAAGAGGAGGGAGAGGAGGCGCGGACUUUGGUGAAAGAGCGGUCCGAAAAAGGGGACGCCGCAGAGUGCAAAGCGGAUUCCGAGUUGUUUAUGGCCGACAUGCUCUCCUUGCGAGACCAGCUCCUGCGAGCACGCUCUGCGGAGGUGGAGGCCCAGUUGAAACACUACAAGACCCUAUCCAAGAACUGUAUCACGGCACCCACGUUGCUCUCAGACCAGUGGCGCCUCCUAACCGCCAGCAAGGCCAAAAGCGAAGGCGCUCAGGCUCGAAUGAACAGCUCCAUCCCGUGUUAUCCUCCCCCGCCAAACCCGGUGGACUACCAGGACCCCGCCGGGCUCAAUCUUUCGGUGCUCGGGGUGGGCUAUCCCAUCGGUCCGAGUCUUUUCUCCUACAUGAACUCGACGCUGCCCGCCACUCAAACCCACGCGCAGCUCGCCCAGCUCCCGUUCCUGGCUUCGGCCGCCCAGCUGAUUCAUCCGGCCUCCGGCGGCCACGCGGACAGGACUCUCAUCCCCCCGCGGCUCUACUACCCGUUCCUGUGCGAGCAUAGCUUCGCACCGGCCUCCGGUCAGAGCAAUGCCAAUAAAGGACCCAAAACCUCCACAAACACCGUCGAUGCGUUUUCUUUAUCUGGUCCCCAGCCGCAAGUUAACCUGUGGAAAGUGCCUGCCCUGAGGCCUGGGGCCACAACGGUUUCCCCUGUCGGUCGGACGUCACCUUCUGACCCGGCCUACAGGCUGGGGGAUAAAGUGCAGGCUUCAGCCAAGGAAGGUAAAUCUAGUUGGGGCCUCAAGAGGCCGGGUGGACCCGGAGUGAACCAUGAAGCUCCCGUGGAAAAGAAGCCGACGACGGGCUUCGCUUUGGAAUUUCUGAAGAACAUCCAGACAGGUUCUACUCUAAAUAUGGCAUCGGACAAACUUAGUUCACAGAAUUUGCACCACAAGACCAGGUCGUCGGAACCCCUGUACACAGAUCAUCUCACCAGUCCAAAUCCUGAGGCAUCCUCUCUACCUGCUUCUACCGGAGGGCACAGUAGCCAAGAAGCACUGACCACACGCCCCAUUGGGGACGGUGCCUCGGAAUCAGUGGCUGCUCUCCUCAAUGACCUCUCAAAGGCCUUACAGGAGUAUCAGGAAGCGGAGCGCAACAUCUCCCACCUGGAGAAGGAGGACCUCCCCGUGCAGCACCACCUUUGGGAGCACUUGAGCAAAAUCCGAAAUGAGCUCUCGCAUAUCCAUCAAGCUCUGGAAAGGACAGCUCGCCAGAGUGACGGCCCACUGGACCUUUCGUUCAAGAGAGCCUCCGCCAACUCGAAGGAACUCGGCCUGAAGGAGAACACCGCAGUGUCGGAUGAGGAGGAAGAGGAGGACAGGGAGGAAGAGGAGGGAAAAGCUAUGCGGGGCUCGCUGGAGACUCGUAAGCAGUCGUUGGACAUGCUGAUCAAGAUGAGUAAUGCCGGAGCGUCUGUGGUGAGCCCGGAAGUCUUGAGUCAGGGAGCCUUGGCCAUCAGGCACAGCCCCGCCGAGGCCUUGUGGCCGAGCAGAACCACCAAGUGCGAAGCCGACUCGAGCGUGCUGCUCUGCCCUGACGGCAGACCGGUAAUGUUUGGGGACAUCCCUCCUUCUGCCAAAGCGGCCAAAAGACCAUCGUCCAUACAGCGACUAGAGGGGCAGUGCCCCCAGAGCCCAUUGAUGGCCACAGACACUUAAUCUUUGAUUCCCAGUCAUUCAAAUCAUGAAUCCCACAAACACACACUCACACACACAAAAACCGUGUGUCUUCUUCUUUUGUUGGCAUGUCUUGAAAUUACUCACUGCAGCAGAAGCAGUCAACUUUUUUUUUUUGGUUUUUCAUUUUCACAAGGAUGUUCAGCACCUUCCAUGGAGCCCCAGACACGACACGGUGCAAAAUAAUUGUAAAUUGUGGCAGCGCAUAUUGAUUUAACGUGCACACAAAAUGCAAAUUAACAAUAUGAAUGUAACAGGGCCAGUAAAAAAAUUACUCAACUGUAUUAUAAUUCAAGAAAAUCUGUGAAAUGAUAAAUACCGGUCGUGUUCUUUAACUAUAUCCUCCAUUAUUAAAGGGUGGAACAAAAAAAUUGAUGUGUUCCUCUACUUCAAUAAUUAAUGUGGCACUCCCUCUUUUCUUUCUUUUUUUUUUUUUUACAAUUCCCGCCUUUUAACUCUUGCCGUAGUUCUCUUGAUAUACAUGGCGAGGUAAGCAAUUUUCGAACCGGAUAAAAACUUUUGUUUUAAUAUUUUAAUACAUGGCUAUGCCAGAUAAUUUGUGUAGGGGUACGCCGUAUCGCUCUAAUUGACGGGAGGACAUUAUUUCUUGUUAUUUUCGUCAGGUGUGUUGUGUUUUGUGGCGUCCCUUUUUUCUCUUGAUUUCCAUGGCGGAGGAGUGUCAAUCAAAUUGACAAGCGGACAUUGUUUUCUGCUAUUUUCGUCUGGCUUUGUGAUUGAGACGAUUAAACGCAGCCAGUACAAGAAAUUCUACUCUGCGUCGUCAAUAUUCUGAAACACAACGCAGUCGGACACGACCGGUUAAAUGAAUAGCAGAGAUGGGCGCUCCAUUUAUCUUACCCCCAAUUGUUAUGAUAUUAAGCCUACAAGCUAGCAUUUUAUGUGCAGUUUACACCUAUUUUGUGGGCACGUUAUAUGAAUAUUGUGGCAGGAAAAAAAUGAACUCUUCUUGGGAUUCGUACCUUUACAAUAAAAAGACAAAAAGAGAGUCUCACAUAUGCACUAUUAACUUUAGAUUUUCACAUGGUUGUCGUUUGAAAAGUCAUAACAUUCAGUUCGUGAGACAAUCGUUCCCACCCGUUUGUAAAUUAUGUGGGUGGGGGGGCGAUACAGUCUUUUAAAGGGUAACUGAUUUUAUAAAGACAAUUCUAUGUCUGUUGUGGGUUCACUGAAAAUAGUAUUGUAUGGUCCACUCGUUUUUUGAAAUAAAACCAGUAAAAUAAAUGUAUUAUCAAUGGGGAAACUGCACAGUCUGAGCGCUAAUUUAAAUGCUUCAUGGAUAAUUUUGCCUUAACGUGGAAUUUAUAAAUUUACUGUCAAACUGCUUUGUCGGUGAGAUAAAACUAUGCCUAAAUAAAUGAAGCUCCUCCACCCA